AUGAGCUCCAGCAGCGCCGACCGCGCCUCGUACGCCGCGCGCGAGGAGGAAAAAGCCAAGCUGGCCGAGUGGGACCCGGAAAAGAACACGCUCGAGCCCAGCGAGGUCGCCGCCGACCCCGGCAAGAAGCCCGUCGGCCACUCGUCCAAGUACCUGCGCAAGGAGGACUUUGACUGCAUCAAGACCCUCGGCACCGGCACAUUUGCGCGCGUCUGGCUGGCCAAGAUUGCGAAUGCGAGCAGUGGCACUGGAGUGGCUGCGAAGAAGAACAACAACGGCGAUACUGCGAGUGGCGCGGGGAACAAUGCGGCGAAUCGCGUAUUUGCGCUCAAGAUCCUCCGCAAGGUGGAUGUCAUCCGCCUCAAGCAGGUGGAGCAUGUGCGCAACGAGCGCAAUGUGCUGGCUGCUGUCGCCGGUCACCCUUUUAUCACGACCAUGAUUGCCAGUUUCCAAGACAACGACACCCUCUACAUGCUGCUGGAUUACUGCCCCGGCGGCGAGGUGUUUUCCUACCUGCGCCGCGCGCGCAGAUUCAACGAGCAAACCUCGCAGUUCUACGCCGCCGAGAUUGUCCUCAUCCUCGAGUUUCUGCACGAGAAGGAAGGCGUGGCAUAUCGCGAUCUGAAGCCGGAGAAUAUCCUCAUCGAUGCCGAGGGGCAUCUCAAGCUGGUUGACUUUGGGUUCGCCAAGAAGAUAGAAGAUAGAGAAACGUACACGCUAUGCGGAACACCCGAGUACCUGGCACCGGAAGUCAUCCGAAACACCGGGCACGGCAUGGCCGUCGACUGGUGGGCGUUUGGCAUCCUCAUCUACGAGUUCCUUGUCGGCCAACCGCCUUUCUGGGACCAGAACCCCAUGAAGAUCUACGAACAGAUCGUUGAAGGCAAAGUUCGCUAUCCCUCGGCCAUGAGCAAUGACGCGCGAGACAUAAUCGGCGGCCUGUGCACCGUCGACGUGACCAAGCGGCUGGGCAAUGUCAAGGGCGGGGCGGCGACGGUGAAGGAGCACCCGUGGUUCCGUAACAUUGACUGGGACGCCGUGUACCAUCGCAAGAUGCAGGGCCCCAUUGUGCCGCAUUUGCGCAGUGCGGACGACACGCGGAAUUUUGAUGAUUACGAUGCGGAGCCGGUGCACCGGGAUCCCUAUACCAAGGAAUUGUACUCCAAGUACGACCACAUGUUUGCCGACUUUUGA